GAGCAUUCCAUUUUCUAAAAAUAGUUUCCUAAACUGUACGAAAGUUUUUAUCACACGCGGGAAUAUGUGAAUUCAUUAUCAUCUCAUUUGGAUUUCGAUAUUGGUAAAAUAUGUUCCAGUGACAGAAGUCUCACUUAACGCUAUUAUGCGCAUUAAGGAAUUGUAUAAGUGCUUUAUCACUGGAAUAUCCACCACUUCUUCAUCGAUAACGGCCAAUAAUUGAUUAGUUCAAGGGUGUAAACAAAUUGGUCCCGCUGGUACUACUAUCAAAGAACACUACAAAGCUCCAUAAAUCACAACAUUAUGGCCACCGUAUGUGUCAACCGUAAUGCGUUUCUCGUUUCGUCACGUAUGCUCCAUUAUGUCCAUCCUAGGAUUUGGAAUUCCUUCGCAAGAAUUAAUUUUAACAAAUGAAUACCAAUGAAAACCGAUCCCCAAACGAUUAUGAAUCGCAAAACCGGUACAGAAAAUGAAGGAAGAUUCUAAUGGGUGAUCGGAACGGUAUUCAUAGCAGAGAGUGAUAAAGAUAACAUAUACGCAGAUACUCAACGGCAGCUUUAAAUGUGUCCAAUACGCACGAACGGUCCAUUCUGUCCGUUAGUCGAGGAUGGAGCGCGUUUGGAACCGGAACACUUUUGCAGUGACUCUCCUGUGGACUGCCACAUUAGUUUUGGCGGACAUUACACCAUUGUUUCUUCAACGGCAGUUUUUGGCUCCAAAUCUACAGCGCCAAAUUGGCUACAACGGCUUUCCAAGCUUUGAUUACAACCCUCAGCCAAAAGCGUUCGGUGGUUCUGCUGCCAGUGCUAGCGCAAAUGCUAUUGGACAAGGCUUUGGUGGUUUCAAUGGAAUUUCCGGUUCAAAUGCAGCCUCUAACGCUCUAAGCCAAAACAUUGGCGGGUUUGGCUUUUCCGGUUCGAAUGCAAACGCUAACGCCUUCAACCAGCAGUUCGGUGCCGGCGGAUUCGGUUCGUCAGCCGCCAAUGCUCAGGCCCAAUCGUUCCAGAGCGAUGGACCACUCGGUUCGUUCGGUGCGUCUGCUGCCAAUGCGGCCAGCCAGGGUUUCAGUGCCGGUCCGGGUGGGCUUGCCGGGUCAGCAGGAUUCUCCGGCAGCCAAACAUACAAUCUGCCGGGAAUGCGCAAGAUUUCACUAGCUUAUUCCAACGGGUUUUCCCUUGCCAACGGACAACCGUCUUCCUCGAACGGGUUUAGUAUAUCGCAAAGCUGAGAGGAAUAUUGAAAACAUCUCUCAAAGACACCCAAGAAAAACCCAUCCUACGUACUUUACUAAAUAACUAGCUCUUUUUAAAAAUAACUUCGAGCUGAUAAGCUUGUGUUUAAAUAAAAAACUAUUUAUUUUUUACUUCCCACUGCUACAAACUGCCCCUCGUCAUUGUUUGCAGCUUCCUACUACCGCAACAGUUUCCCAGCGAACAAAACAUAAUGAUUUGCGCAUAGAUUUUGUAAGCAACGUGGUCUGUGUGUGCGUGUGCAACAUGGUAAAUAAAAAACGGCAAAGUCGCUUAUCGCUCAAA